UUCUUUCUUCUAAAUCUCCUUGUCCACCUGUCCCUCUGUCUAUACAAGAUACCGAGUAACAAUACGAUGCAUGUCAUUGUGUAACUGACUGCAACCAACAUAAUCACCUCCACCGCCACUUUUGCACUUUUGCUUCGCGACGGUCGCUUGACAAUCUCAAGUUGAGCCAUGGCACCCGCAAAUAUCCAGGUGCCCCCAAGGGAGGCGACAAAGUCCACCCUGCAAACCCCUAGAACGGCGCAAUGGGCUACCACCACUCUACGUGUCGGUGGCAUGACUUGUGGUGCUUGUACUUCCGCUGUUGAAGCAGGCUUCAAGGGCGUUGAUGGUGUCGGCACUGUUUCUGUGAGCUUAGUAAUGGAACGGGCGGUAAUCAUGCACGACCCCGAACGGAUACCGGCCGAGCAGAUCCAGGAGAUCAUAGAGGAUCGAGGUUUCGAGGCAGAAGUUCUUGCGACGGACCUGCCAUCGCCUCUCGUAAAGCACGAAGACAGCCUUUUCGAUGCUGAUGAGGAUUUGGGACCUUCGACAACGGUAACCACCAUCGCAGUGGAGGGUAUGACUUGUGGCGCAUGCACAUCAGCAGUAGAAGGUGGCUUCUCGGACAUUCCGGGAGUCAAGCACUUCAGUAUAUCAUUACUGUCAGAAAGAGCUGUUAUCGAACAUGAUGCCUCUCUACUGCCAGUAGAGAAGAUAAUUGAAACCAUUGAGGACCGUGGCUUUGGCGCGACAUUGGUGGAUAGCGAAGUCCAGCAGCCGAUCAAGAAGACGUCCUCACAAAACAGCAACCAGCCAUCAGUAGCCACGACAACGGUUGCGAUUGAAGGAAUGACCUGCGGCGCGUGCACAUCAGCAGUCGAGGGUGGCUUCACUGGAGUGGAGGGAGUACUGAGGUUUAAUAUCAGUCUGCUAGCUGAAAGAGCCGUUAUUGCACACGACACAAAGAAGCUGUCCGCCGACAGGAUCGCAGAGAUCAUCGAUGAUCGCGGCUUCGAUGCCAAGAUCCUAUCAACAACUUUUGACACAUCCGAAUCAGGCGCAGGCACCUCAACAGCUCAGUUCAAGAUAUACGGCAACCCCAACGUGGAAGCAGCCAACGCUAUAGAAAACACCCUGCUGGCUCUUCCUGGCAUCAAAUCAGCGAAACUGAGUCUCGGUACUGAUAGGCUCACAGUGACCCAUCAGCCUUCUGUCACUGGUCUCAGAGUAAUCGUCGAGACGAUUGAGGCUGCCGGCUUUAAUGCACUGAUUGCCGACAGCGACGACAACAGCGCACAAAUAGAGUCUUUGGCAAAGACAAGGGAGAUCCAAGAAUGGCGGCGAGCCUUCAAGGUAUCUCUGUCUUUUGCGGUGCCCGUCUUUUUCAUUGGCAUGAUCUUCCCUAUGGUGAUACCUGCACUUGAUUUUGGUGGUUUAAAGAUAUUGCCAGGGCUUUUCCUUGGCGACAUCAUUUGUUUAUGUCUCACGAUACCCGUCCAAUUCGGAGUUGGCAAGCGUUUUUACACCUCAGCAUAUAAGUCCGUCAAGCACGGAUCUCCCACGAUGGACGUUCUCGUCGUCCUGGGUACAUCCUCGGCCUUCUUCUUCAGCGUCAUGGCCAUGAUCGUGUCCAUCUUGUUUGAGCCACACAACCGACCCAGCACUAUCUUCGACACCAGCACCAUGUUGAUCACAUUCAUCACUUUGGGUCGUUUCCUCGAGAACCGUGCAAAGGGACAAACGUCCAAGGCAUUGUCAAGGCUCAUGUCUUUAGCCCCGUCUAUGGCAACUAUCUACGUAGAUCCAAUUGCUGCCGAAAAGGCAGCUGAGUCGUGGAAUUCCGUCAAAGGCUCGGGAGAGCCGAAGACUCCGGUUCGUGAUGGCAACGCUGUCGAAGAAAAGGUCAUUCCUACGGAACUCAUUCAAGUUGGCGAUAUUGUUGUCAUUCGCCCUGGCGACAAGAUCCCGGCUGACGGUACCAUUGUCAGAGGUGAAACCUAUGUCGACGAGAGCAUGGUAACCGGCGAGGCCAUUCCAGUUCAGAAGAAGAAGGGAGGUAAUGUCAUUGGCGGCACAGUAAAUGGCCAUGGUCGCGUCGAUUUCAGAGUCACGCGUGCUGGUCGUGAUACUCAACUCAGUCAGAUCGUAAAGUUGGUGCAGGAUGCACAGACUACGAGAGCCCCCAUCCAAAGACUAGCUGACACGAUAGCCGGAUACUUUGUGCCGAUCAUCCUCAUUCUGGGACUUCUGACCUUUAUUGUCUGGAUGGUUCUCAGUCACGUUCUUUCGAAGCCUCCCAAGAUCUUCCUUGAGGAGGAAAGUGGCGGCAGGCUGUUUGUCUGCGUCAAGCUCUGUAUUUCGGUCAUCGUUUUUGCUUGCCCAUGUGCGCUUGGUCUUGCUACUCCGACAGCAGUCAUGGUUGGCACCGGAGUGGGUGCUGAAAAUGGCAUUCUCGUCAAGGGUGGUGCGGCUUUGGAGACUACCACGAAGGUUACCCAAGUCGUUCUUGACAAGACUGGUACUAUUACUUAUGGCAAGAUGAGCGUCGCCACAACAAAGAUUACUGCUGUUUGGCAAGACAACGAAUGGCGCAGACGCCUCUGGUGGACCAUUGUUGGCCUUGCUGAGAUGGGCAGUGAGCAUCCAGUUGGCAAAGCAGUUCUUGGUGCCGCCCGGACGGAGUUGGGUCUUGACGCUGAGGCUGCAAUCGAUGGUAGUAUUGGCGAGUUCAAUGCAGCUGUAGGGCGAGGUAUUGCCGCUACCGUCGAGCCCGCCUCCGCUGCUGACCGAACUCGGUACAACGUCCUUGUUGGCAAUGUGCGUUUCCUCCGAGAAAACGAUGUCGAAGUUUCAGACACGGAUAUCGAGGAUUCGGAACAAAUCAACUCCAAGACAAACAAGUCCAAGUCCAAGUCCUCGUCUGCCGGUACCACCAAUAUCUUCAUUGCUAUUGAUGGCAAGUAUGCCGGUCAUCUCUGCCUGUCUGACACCGUAAAGGAGGGCGCCACGGCAGCCAUCGAAGUGCUUCACCGCAUGGGUAUCAAAACCGCUAUCGUGACCGGUGAUCAGCGAUCCACAGCUCUGGCUGUUGCCUCUAUUGUUGGAAUUCCCGAAGAAGACGUAUUCGCUGGGGUUUCUCCCGACCAGAAGCAAGCUAUCAUUCGCCAGCUUCAGUCUCAAGGCGAGUGUGUUGCAAUGGUCGGUGAUGGUAUCAACGAUUCACCCGCUCUUGCAACUGCCGAUGUUGGUAUCGCCAUGGCAAGUGGCACGGAUGUAGCUAUGGAGGCUGCUGAUGUCGUCCUGAUGCGCCCCAACAACCUGAUGGACAUACCUGCUGCGUUGAACCUCUCGCGCACGAUUUUCAGACGGAUCAAGAUGAAUCUACUCUGGGCUUGUGCCUACAAUAUUGUCGGCCUGCCUUUUGCAAUGGGUAUUUUUCUGCCUCUAGGCUGGCAUUUACAUCCUAUGGCUGCAGGUGCUGCCAUGGCAUGCAGUAGUGUCAAUGUCGUCGUCAGUUCCCUUCUCUUGAAGUUCUGGAAACGGCCCCAAUGGAUGGACGAUGCGCUGAUUGCCGAGAAGGGCAGCAUCAAGAGACGUGGUCGUGGUUGGGGUCUUGACGGCAUUGUGAGGAGCGUUCAGGACCUAUUCAGUAGACGCAGUAAGAAGGAAGAAGGAUAUGUGCCUUUGGACACGUUGGAAAGACACGAUGCAUAGUCAUUCUGCAUAUAGCUCGGCGUUGUGGCUUCUCGUUCAUUUGUAAAUACGGUUUUGUACAUGUUCCGUUUUGGACAUGGUGAGGAGAGGAUCAUUCCUGAACGCAAUGCCUUUUCCUUGGAUACAUACAUCGCUUUCGUUUUUGGGGCAUCAUCAAUAGGUGCCCGGAACGAAUGAAACACUAUUUAAAUUCAAACGUUGUUCAGUAAACGUGCCGCUU